AUGUUACCGGGGAACUACACACGUGUGUCAGAGUUUGUGAUCGUGGGUUUCCCGGGGCUCCACCCAUCCUACUUCCAGCUGAUGGGGGGGUUCUUCUUCUGCAUCUAUGUCACCACAAUUUCGGGGAACUUCCUGCUGGUUGGACUGUUUGUCCUGGAGAGGAGCCUGCAGAAACCCAUGUACAUUAUCAUGCUCAGCCUUUCCCUGUCUGAUAUUGGGUUCAGCACAGUAGCCCUUCCCAAAGCUGUAACUCGGUACUGGUGGAAUGACGGUGGCAUCUCCUUGUACAUGUGUCUGUUCCAGAAACAUAUGAUCCACUACUUUGGCAACUUGAAUUCUCUCAUCUUUAUGACCAUGGCUAUGGACCGGUACCUGGCUAUCUGUCACCCUCUCAGGUAUCCCAAGUGGAUGAACAACAGGACCAUGUUGAUUCUAACAGUCUUCUCCUGGGUCUCUGCCAUGAUAACUCCUGGCAUCACCACAAUCCAAUCGGCCCAGUUGCCGUACUGUGGUCCCAACCAGAUUAUCCACUGCUACUGUGACACAAACUCACUCAACAAGCUGUCCUGUGCCGACAUCUCCUCGCAAAGUGCUGUUUCUUUCUCCCUGGCCAUGUUUGUCCUCCUUGUCCCCUUCUCCUUCAUCAUCUUCUCCUACGUCAACAUUGUGGUGGUGGUUCUCAGGAUGGUCAGUGUGCAGAGUCGAUGGAAGACUUUCUCCACCUGUAGUUCCCAGCUGGUCAUUAUCUGUUUGUACUAUAUUCCCCGGUGUGGCGUCUACAUCAGCAACCUCAUCAAGUUUACCGUCAGCCAGGACUUUGUUAUCGGCCUGACAAUGCUUUACAGCCUGCUGCCCCCACUCCUCAACCCCUUCAUUUACUGCCUACGCACCAAGGAGAUCAAGGCUUCCUUGGUCAAGUGGGCCUGCCGUAGACAGUCCAACACACACCCAAAACCAUCCUUUCACCCCAUAGCCAGAUAA